GUUACAUUUAGUGUCCAAAUCCAAUACAUUUUUGAGCUUGUAUUUUUUGCUUCUUAUAAUUUUGGUGGAUAAAAACGAUGAGUGGGGGUGAAAAGCCUAUUCAAGAACCUCAGCCUGGUUUCUGUUCAGCAACAUGCGUCGACAGAGCAAGUCUUCAACAUGAAAUCCAGAAAGCCGAACCAAAGACUUCUGAUUUUCUUAUUACUUGUAAUCUGCCGAAAAGAUUUGAGCAUCCGCAUUGGUUUAACGGGUAUGGAUGUCAGACUAACAAGGAACAUCCGCUUUAUAGAACCUCGGCAAGCGAAUAUGGAUGGUAUCCACCAGGUUACUACUCGGUACCAUCCGUGUUCUUCCCCGCGGGGCAAAAGUUCACAAACCACCUCAGCGCUGCUGGCAUGUACCGCAACUACAGCCUCAACACUGGCAUGGACCCUGUUGGUUACCACUGAAUUCAAAUCGCCGUCAUCGUCUUUUUACCUUGGUUUUUCUGAUGUAGUAAUGUAACUUUUUGAAGAUUUUAAUAAUUAAAUAUUUUAAUUUUGA